AUGGAGUCGAACGUGUUAGCCGAGCGAAGGCACCGGAGUGGGCUUAACCGCAAAGGGACGGUUUCGCUUCGGUUCAUUCGAUGGGGAAAAGAAGAAAAAGAGCAGCGGACGGAGAAGGAAAAAAAGAAUGCCGAUCUGCCGUCGAUUAGUGCGCAUCGAAUUGUGCAGCUUUUGUGUGGGGAGAAGGAGGCGGCGGACCGGCGUACUUCGCUUGUAGAUUUCUUUCCCCACACUCACACACACAGAAAUGCCAGUUUUUUUUGCCGAGCUUACCCUGUGCUCCUUCUGAAGCAGAAAGGAAGCGUGACCUUCGCUUACCAUGUCUGCCAGGCUACCGACACGUUACCAUUCCGGCGUUCUGACAGAUGCGCUACGGAGACCAACGUGGUGUGGGGAUUCCAGAGAGCACCGGCGACCCUCCUUUAA